GGCAGCCGCGCUGCGGGGCGGGGAGGCGGGUCGCGGCGGCCCUGAGGAAGGGGAGGAGGAGCCGGGGCGGGCCGAGCCGAGCCGAGCCGAGCCGCGGGCGCCUGCAAACUUUGCGCGGAGACGGAGCUGGGAGCAGCUGGCGCGGGGCGGCUCCUGCCUGCAGCGGCGGCCGUGGGGCAGGAAUGAAGAAGUAUCUCGCAAUGGUGGAUUGGUCAGUUGGUUUGAAUGAGGAGAAAACAGCUACAUGAAUACUAUUUUUAUUUUUUAUUUUAUUUUAUUUUUUUUGCAUCUCACAGGGCCCCAAAUAUAACAGGCACUCUUUUUAGAAGGAAGAAUGUAGGAAGAAAAAAUAUUUUUCCAUUGCCAUGCCUGAGUCUCCAGUUCACUUACCUUCAUUUACCCUCAGCCAGCUGACUGGCUCGUUCAGCUCACUCUUCAGCUAAAAACUAUUGCUAUGUAGCAGUGGCUACGAGACAGUUAAUGCUAGACACUUUUGCUGCCUGUUGGGCCAGAAAGAAGUGGAAGCUAUUUUGGCAGCCAGUAGAGCACAGCAUCUCCAUGCUUCUAUUCCAGCAAAGAAAUAUCAGUUUCUCUGCUUAACACACCAUGUGGGCACCAUACAAACUGGGCAAUACUGCAUAGACUGAAAUCCAACCCUUAGAAGAAGGACCUGUGCACUGCUGUAUUGUUUUCAGCUUCAUACGAGUUCCACUUGGAGCAUAAAGUCAGACUACAGUCUCUCAUAUCCAGGAAAUAAGACAAUGGUCCUCCCUUCAAUCUGUAUUCUGGUUAUGAUAAAUAAAUAUAGAACAAUACAACAUGAAUGAGAAACUGGAUUCCAAUUCUUCAUUCAGAUGGCCUCAUUUGCCAAGUUUCAAUGGGACAUACAAGCAUCCAUACACAGAAAGCAACAUUUCUUAUGUAGACUUCUACCUGCAUCAGCCUCCAGUGGCAGCAGUCUUCAUCAUCUCCUACCUCCUCAUCUUCCUCUUGUGUAUGGUUGGCAACGGAGUGGUUUGCUUCAUCGUUCUGAGGAGCAAGCACAUGCGUACAGUUACGAACCUCUUCAUCUUAAACCUUGCUGUCAGUGAUUUACUGGUGGGUAUAUUCUGCAUGCCUACUACCCUCCUGGACAACAUAAUAGCAGGAUGGCCCUUUGGAAGCAUGGUUUGCAAGAUGAGCGGCAUGGUCCAGGGAAUCUCUGUCUCAGCCUCUGUUUUCACUUUGGUUGCAAUUGCAGUUGACAGGUUCCGAAGCAUUGUUUACCCAUUUAAGCAGAAGCUUACCAUAUCGACUGCAGUUGUCAUCAUUGUUGUCAUCUGGGUGUUGGCUAUUGCUAUCAUGUGCCCAUCUGCUGUCAUGUUGCAGGUGCAAGAGGAAAAGUAUUUCCGAGUGAUUCUUGGCUAUAACAAUCAAACCAGCCCAGUAUACUGGUGCCGGGAGGAUUGGCCCAAUCAGGAAAUGAGAAAAAUAUAUACAACCGUUCUUUUUGCUAAUAUCUACCUGGCUCCACUGUCACUCAUCGUCAUUAUGUAUGCUAGGAUAGGUAUUGCUCUUUUCAACACAGCAGUGCCAACUACAGGAAAACAUGGCCAGGAGCAGCGCCAUGCUGUGUCCAAGAAGAAGCAGAAAGUCAUCAAAAUGCUCAUCACUGUGGCUUUGCUUUUCAUUUUAUCAUGGCUUCCCUUGUGGACUUUGAUGAUGCUCUCAGACUACGCCAAUCUGACAGAAGUCCAGUUGCAGGUGAUCAACAUUUAUAUCUAUCCUUUUGCUCACUGGCUGGCCUUUUUCAAUAGCAGCAUCAACCCCAUCAUCUAUGGUUUCUUCAAUGAGAACUUUCGCCGAGGUUUCCAGGCAGCCUUUAAACUUCAGCUGUGUUCUGGAGAGAUGUUUCGCAGGGACAUUUACUCCCAGCGAGGCCAAAGCAAUGCCAUUUUACCGGCAGCCCCUUGCCAGCCUGCCCAGGACCAAGCUUGUAAAAAGGCUGAGGAUGAGGGGAAAACAGUUAAGAAAGGGAACUGGAUGAUCAACCAGCAGGAUUUGAUGAUGGAAGACCUAGAAAAGUCCUCCAAUAACAAUGGAGUUAAAUGAGAUGUGGUGUGAACUAGUGACGUCAUUUAUUUCAUUUUCCUUGGCAGAGUUCUUCUGAUGUGGUAUGAGAUUUGCGAUCUUCAAGCCCUUUCUGGCAAAAACAAAACUUCUUGACACAUUGCAGCAAUUCUCAACCAGGGUGCUGCAACACCCUGGGGUUACUUGAUGUUCUUUCUAGAGUGUCACAGGGUGCCAUACAAUGUUAGCACUGCUGGAUGGACACACACAAUUCACAAGAUAAACCAGAGAUUUUAAAUAGGAAUCCAUUGUGUCAAAGGCAUUCAGACCUGUUGCCAUAUUUCUGAGUUCUUUGCAACAGAGGAAUUGCUCAUUUAUAUUUUUGCAGUCAAAAAUGAGCAAAAACUAAGAGCUGGCAUUUUCUGAGGGAUUCCUUGAGCAUAUCAAUGUGUAACUUAAACCUGUUGAGGAGUGCCUUGAGUCUAGAAAGGUUGAGAACCGCUGCAUUAUUGUCUAAAAAAUAUGUGUAACUUACAUAGUAUCUGGUUGCCUGGACUACGUUAUGAGUCCUGAUUCUGUCUUCUAUUAUACCAGUGGAAAUUGGGAGCAACCCUUUUGCAAUCAGUGGGCAUGUCUACACAUGCAUUUGCUGAGGUACCAGUUUACUCAUAAGUAAAUUACUGGGGAGUAAAUGGUGCCAGGCAGACAUCUACAUGUACAGGAAAGCAGGACCAGAUCUACUGCCAUUGGCAGCAAAUCUGCUCCCGCUUCCUGGGGCCCUGCAAUGAGCCCUUGCCGCCACCAAGGGUAGCUCCAGGCUCCAGCUGCCAGCAGCUCUCUUCAAAAGCCAGCUCCGCUCACUACUCUCUGGCCAGCCAUGUCCCUGGCCAGGAGCAGUGUACACAGUGCAGGGACAGCAUGCAGCAGCACUCUCCUUGCCACCUGUGCCUCCCUACACCAUGGCUGCUCCUGCCACUGCCCCUGAUAGAGAUGGCCAGCACCCUGCACUCAUGCUAGCUGCUGUGCUGGCCCUGCUAGCCCACCACACCAACUGCCUCCUGGCCACACCUGUCUCAUCCUUCCCAGCUUCCCCACAUGCAGUGACCACCUGUCAACCCAUUGUGCGUUGUCCCAGGGUCACCACCGCACACGUGCUGUCUUCACCCCGUCUGUCUGACUGGACCCUACUAGGGAUGCCAACAAUGGGCUCCAGCAUGCCAGUUCUGGGGCCGCCAUUGCCCUCCUGGACCUGCAGCCUCACUGCUUCUGGGCCCAUCAGACCAGCCAGGACUGGUGGCGUCAUGUUGUCUAGCAGACCUGGGAUGAUAAGCAGUGGCUAGAGGCCUUCAGGAUGACCCAGGUCACCUUCUGGGAUCUCCUAGAUCAGCUCUGGCAACACGUGGAGUGGCAGGACACCAGCAUGCAGCUGCAUCUCCCUGUGGACAACUGACUGGCCCUCACCCUGCUCAAGCUGGCCAUGCCUAUCAACGACGCCAACAUCUUAAGGGAUAGCCAGCACGGGUUUGUUGCGGGUAGGUCUUGCUUGACCAAUCUCAUUUCCUUCUACGACCAGGUGACCUAUCACCUGGACAAGGGAGAAGAGAUUGAUGUCAUAUAUCUUGACUUCAAAAAAGCCUUCGAUCUGGUUUCCCAUGAUCACCUCUUGGAGAAACUGGCCAGUUGUCGCCUUGGGUCCUCCACGAUCCACUGGCUGGAAAACUGGCUCCAUGGUCGGACCCAGAGGGUAGUAAUUGAUGGAAGUCACUCAUCAUGGUGUCCUGUGACCAGUGGGGUCCCCCAAGGCUCUGUCCUUGAACCCAUACUGUUCAACAUCUUCUUUAAUGAUGUGGACAUUGGAGUCAGAAGCGGACUGGCCAAGUUCGCCGAUGACACCAAACUUUGGGGCAAAGCAUCCACACCAGAAGACAGGCGGGCGAUCCAGGCUGACCUGGACAAGCUCAGCAAGUGGGCGGACGAGAAUCUGAUGGUGUUCAACGCCGAUAAAUGCAAGGUUCUCCACCUUGGGGAGAAAAACCCGCAGCAUCCUUAUAGGCUCGGCAGUGCUAUGUUGGCUAGCACUAUGGAAGAAAGAGACUUGGGGGUCAUCAUUGACCACAAGAUGAACAUGAGCCUGCAGUGCGAUGCUGCGGCUAGUAAAGCGACCAAAACACUGGCUUGCAUCCAUAGAUGCUUCUCAAGCAAAUCCCGGGACAUCAUUCUCCCCUUGUACUCGGCCUUAGUGAGGCCGCAACUGGAGUAGUGCGUCCAGUUUUGGGCUCCACAAUUCAAAAAGGAUGUGGAGAAGCUUGAGAGAGUCCAGAGAAGAGCCACGCUCAUGAUCAGAGGUCAGGGAAGCAGACCCUACGAUGACAGGCUGAGAGCCCUGGGGCUCUUCACCCCUGAGCCUGCUCUUUUCCAGGCUAAUCUGAUGGCCACCUAUAAGUUUAUCAGGGGUGACCACCAGUAUCUGGGGGAACGUUUGUUCACCAGAGCGCCCCAAGGGAUGACAACUAGGUUGAACGGUCAUAAACUACUGCAAGACCGUUUCAGGCUGGACAUAAGGAAGAAUUUCUUUACUGCGAGCCCCCAAGGUCUGGAACAGCCUGCCACCGGAGGUGGUUCAAGCGCCUACAUUGAACACCUUCAAGAGCAAACUGGAUGCUUAUCUUGCUGGGAUCCUAUGACCCCAGCUGACUUCCUGCCCUUUAGGCAGGGGGCUGGACUCGAUGAUCUUCCGAGGUCCCUUCCAGCCCUAAUAUCUAUGAAACCUAUUGCAUGUCAGCCACCUGUUUGGUGUGGGUAUGGCCACCACAGAAGAGGCUGUCCUGGAGGUCUGUGGCACCCUACAGGACAUGCUGGGGGACAUCAUGCUGUACAUGCAUGACUCCCUGGCAGUAGUAGUCGAGUUCCAUGCUCUGGGAUUCCCUCAGUACACUGAGGCCCUCAACUGGACCUACAUCCAUGUCAACUGCCCACCCCAUGGUGACUGGCCCUACUACUACAGCCAGAGGAGCUUUCACUCCAUGGUGCUCCACUGAAGUGUCUUCAUGUGCGAAUGCUGGCUGGGCAGGCAGUGCCCAUGACGCCUGCAUCUUCCAAAACUUCAGUCUACUGGGCCUGGUGGAGAAUGGGUGCUUCAUUCUGGGGGUGCCCCACCUGCACCUUGGCGUCAUGGUGGUAAACCCAUCCUCACUGGAGACCUCACCUACCUGAUCCUGCCGUAGCUCAUGUGGCCCUACACUGGACCCCCACCAGGCCCACUUUAACUGCUGCCUGGGAUGGACCUGUUUCAUUGUGGUGUGUGCCUUCAGCCACCUUGAUGGAUGCUAGUGCGCCCUCACCACCUGCCUCGAGUUCACUAAGAACAACCUCCCUCUGGUAAUCAUCACAGCCUGUGUGCUGCAUAACAACUGUGAGCCCCAGGAGGAGGUGUGGUGCAUGGAGGACACCUGGCACUAGGAGCACUACCUGUGGCAACAACAGCAGCCUCCCUGCAGGUGGCACAAAGGUGACUGCCAAGACCAGAACUGUGUCCAGCACCUGGCAGUCAUCAUCCAUGGCCUACAGUGCCCUGGCCAGAACUACAGUCUGCUCCCACAGUGCCACUUGAGGCCAGGAGCUGUGCCCAGAACUCCCAGUCCACCUAGUCCUGCACAUCUUCAUGGCCACAUCCUCCACUUACCAUCUGUCCUGGAGGGCCAUGUCCUCCACCUGCAAGGCCUGAGCAUCCUCCAGCCAGUCCUCUGACUCCCUGACCAGGUGAUCCAGAAAGAGGGUCCUUUCCAGGGUCCUCCUCUGGUGGAGCCAACACAUCCACAGGGCCCCAGUUGUUGGUGUCGCUGACCCUGAGGCUGCAGCCUGGCUGCCAAGUGCAGCCUCUCCCCCACAUGCACCUGCAGGUUCUGUAGAAAGAAAAAGAAAGCUCUUUGUGUGAGUUUGCAACAUUUUAGAGAGAGAAUGCUAAGUACCAGGGGCCAUGCGCUGCCCAGCCUCAGAUUAGGGGUUGGGCAUGCAUGGGAGCCCAAGAACCAUGCUAAAUCAGGCAGGUAGGGCUGGGCCCAGGUGGCUGCUGGCCAAUCCCCCCAUCUCCUCUGACUCCCUUGGGGCUGGCGGGCCACUGGGUGCUGGCCACAGGCAGCCUGCCUCCCCUACCCUGUUCCCCGGGUGAGACAGGCCAGGCUUCUGGCAGUACCUGCCGCCAAAGCUCCAGACCCUGCUGCUCCGCUCUCCUCCCACAGGCUAGCAGCUCUGCUGUGCUUGAUGCCCAGGUGUGGAGGGUAUGGGGCUUCUGGAUGACUGGGAUGAAGAGCUGCCCAUGUCCUCACCCUCCCCACAGGGGUCUUCUCUGGGGAGGCACCCUGGCGCCAGCCCCCCUGCACUGCCACUGCACCCUGAGUGUGCCCCUCUUCAUGUGCCCUGGGCAGUAUGCGAGAAGCUGUUUGUAUGGACUGAAGGGUGCCUGACUCACUACGCCCUGCUGGUGGUGGCCAUGGUGCCACAGGCACAUCUGCAUACCUGGCAUGGGACCCUAAGCUAUGACGGUGUGGAGGGCAAGCCUGGACUGCCCCAUAACCGCUGCCACCUGGAGGGCUACCUGUGACUGAGCUACACAUCUCUGCCCUCUGCUGUCAAGUAGACAUUGCCACCAACUUCAAUACAUUCCUCAGCAUGAGAGGCCUGUGUUCACCUAGCUGCAGGGGCAUGGGCUG